GGGUUGCACGUUAGAAGGGUACAACUUCGGGUUUAGGCUCCCAGGAAGGAGCGGGGGGAGAGGUGCUGGGGUCUGAGGAAACCUAACUGAAGAAAGGCAAGGCGGCCUGCAAAACUACGGGGGAAGGUGUGGAGGCUUCCGAUUUUAGGGGUAACUUGAGGUAGCUCAGGCAUCCUUUGAGGUGCUUUUAGGUUGACAUUGCAACCAGGAAUAGCGAGCAGUACGGGGUUUAUUUGUUAUUUUUUUCGGCAAGGCCCUUGUACCUUCACAAAUAGUAAUAGUGGUUUACGGAGAUACGCAGCACGUUGUCCAGUCUGGAGAUGUCACGUCAGUGAUCGGCAAAGCUGCACCUGUUGCAUUUUUUACUGUUACACAAUUCUUAAAAGACGAAGAGAUGCUCUACUUGAAGUCUCUUGAUUAUUGUGAGAUUAUGAAGGAUUUGUAUCAUUUCUAACACAAUCCUAUGCAUACUAGGAAGUAAAUCCUAAUUGUGGUUAGUGGAGAUUAUUCCCAGCUCUUUUGCCUGAAAAUUUUGUGGAGGCUCUUUAGGGCAAAAAAACAAAACAAAACACCAAACACAUUGAUAUUGGAAUAAGAAAAUAUUUUUUUGGAAAUGAGUGAAGCAGUCUUACUUCAGAACAAGUGGGCUAAUGCCUCAGAAGGUGAAGAUGAUGACAUGGCAUGUGGAGACUUGGGAAAUGGACUUACUAGAAGAUGUAAUAGUACUCAUGAAUUGGAAGGCUUCAAUACAUAUACAGGCAGGCCUAGAAGCUCAACAAGGAAAAGCUUGAGUCCAUCUGUGUUGGCAAACAAAGGGGAAGACUCUGAUGGGGCAAUUUAUCGUUGCUCAAAGUGUCACCGUUUGAAUGACGUGUCAGUAAAACAAUUUGGAGGAAAUGGAUUUGUUAGCUGCACCCGCCAAAACAGCUCUGAGUCUAACUCUGAGGUAUCAAAUGAAGAAUUAAAACAACAUCUACAAGAGGUUUUAGAGGAAGUAGAAAUUUUGAGAGUUGAGUUGGAAGCAUCUCAAAGACAACUUGAAGGCAAAGAGCAAGCAUUAAAAAUUCUUCAGGGUAUGGAAAUAAAUGUUCUACAGUGGGAAAUCAAAAUUAAUCAGGAGAAAUCUAAAAAUUUAGAAGAGACUUGGGCAGAAAAAUAUGAAAGAAUAUAUUGUGAAAAUGCUGCACUUAAAGAAACACUUAAAUUGAAAAUUGAUGAAAUUAAAGCACUGAAGUCUGAAAAUGAACUUUUGGAUCAACAGCGUUUGGAGAUUCUUGCAAUGCUUGAUGUCAAACAGCAGAAGAUUAUGCAGGAGAACAUGUCUCUUAGCAAGAGUGGUGUUACAGAGAUUACAGGACUUGACCUGGCAGUACUUGGAGCCUGCACUUGUAAUGGUCCUGAGGGAGAGCCAUGCUCCUGUGCCAAGAUGUCAGCAGCAACUCGAAAACAACUUCUUCAACUCAAGCAAGAGUUUGAACUUCUGAAGAAGAGUAAAGAAGAAGCUUAUAUAAUGGCAGAUGCCUUCAGAAUUGCAUUUGAGCAGCAGCUGAUGCGGAGGAAGGAUCAGGCUUUGAGGCUUGCACAAAUGAGUAAGAUCUGCAGAAAAGACAAACUUCUAAACUGGAAAAGCACCAAAGAGGAUGGUGUUCUGAUGUUUUCAAAAAAUAGGAAAAGCUGGGGUGAAAAGUUGAUGGGAAUGCUUGCCUCUGGCACUGACAGUAAGAAAGUAGAAGAACUACAUAAUCCACAAGAAAUCAUCCGGAUGCUAAUUGACUUGGUGAAUGAUAAGGAAGAGGCUUUGGCCCAUCAAAGGAAGGUUAGUUACAUGCUUGCUCGUGCUUUAGAAGAGAAAGAUGAUACUUUGCGGAAGAAUACAGAAAGUAAUUUUUCAGAAGAAGAACUUGCUCUUAAGAGCAAUCAAUGCAAAAAAGAUGGAAAGCCCCAAGAGUUGAUUGCUACUCGAUGUUCGUCAUACCAAACAUGUAUUUCUCAAGAUGGCUCCUGCUGCAUUUCCAACACAUGUCCUGACAGAAUCCUGAAUUGUACAUCUAUGAAUUCAUGUUCCCUGACAUCUGAAGAAAAUUGUGUGGCCAAAAUGGAGGAAACAGCUGAGACAAACGGAAGAUAGGGACUGUUCUGUGUAGAGUCUGGAGGAAAACAUGGCAAAGACAACACACUUCUUGAGCACUUCAUUUGAUACUUUAAGAAUUUAAGGUCCACGUACGCUUCAGCACACACUUACCUCUUAUGUGAGUGGGCUUCUCUGUUGUCUUUCAUGUUAGGGACAGGUUCAUGAGCACAGAAAUAUGCAUCAAAAAGCUGCCCUUUAAUAGGAAAGUCUGUUGAGCAUACAGUUGUUCUUGUUAACCUGCAAAGGUUUUUUGUUUUUUUUGCAAUUUUGUUGUCAUACAGCCAGACAACUUUUUAAUUAAAAACAAUUUUAGGCAAUUUUUAUCAUUUAGAUUAGCAUUAGGAUAAUUUUCUGCAGAAAAUACCUUAAUGCUGUCUCAUAUACACUUACUAUAGAUAGAUUAUAUCCAGUAGUUCACUUUUUUUAUGAACAGAAGGCUUCUUCCAAUCAUGGAAGUGUUUUUUAAUCUAGUGGAGGGCUCUGCUAACAAAAGAGGUGUGCUUUACAUCCACCAACCCACCUUCCACACUCUUGGCUGCUUCUGUUAACUAAGAGUGAGGAAAAAAUUCAUUUCUACCCUGUCUCUAUUUUGGGUCACUCUGUUGUUGUUGUUGAAAGGCCUCUGCAAAAAAGCAGCCUUUUUAGAUGUUUGAAGCUGUGCGUAUUCUCCUUCUCAUUCUUUCUACUCUGCCUAGAAUCAGUCUGGAAUCUCUAGCUUUCUCUGGCCUUUUCGCCUCCCCUUCAUUAUCUUCUUGUGCCUGUGUUUUCCUCCUCCUUGCUGGCAGGACCUGGGGAGAUGGAGUCUCCCCAAGGAGUCUUUUUGCUAGAUUGAGGGACAGUUUGUAUUUUGUGUUCAUUCUCUUCCAUGGCCUAAUUUCUUUUAUCCUGUUUUUUUCCCUAACUUCCCUCUUAGUACAGCUGCCUUUUAUUAUUGAAAUCACUUUAUCUGCUAAAAAGGGGUCAAGGUAGACUACAACAACCAUAACUUUUUCCUCAGUGUUCUGCUACAGCAAGGAUAAAGAACCUGUUGCCCUACAAAUAUUGGAAUGCAACUUUCCUUGGUCAGAAUUGCUAAUUAUCAGGGAUGAAGGAGAGUUUGUAAUUCAGCAUCCGAAAUGGUACAGGUCCCCACCUUUGCUCCACAAGUUUGUUAGCUACCCUUUAGUUUUACAAGAAUAAGGGAACAUCUCUUUUCAUGAGCAUCAAGAAAAUAAGAACAUACUGGUGGCUAGAUUCAGUUACUUCAACCACCAAUUUCUCCACCCCAGUCCAACAGCUUGCAAACCUAUGAACAGAUUGUGACCCUCAAGACUUGGGCAGAAUACUACUAAUAGAUGCCUGCUUUAUUUGGAGUAGACUUUUGUAGUGGGUGAGAAGCUGCCACAGGGAAGGGAAACUGAUGAAAAUCUGCUCUCUGCUUGAAUUACCAGAGGUAUCUGCCAGAUCAGAAGUGAAUGAAAGGGAGCAGUCAGAUUCAACUAUAAAAAUAUAUUCCUUUGUUUAUAAUUUCUCAUUUUGAAAGCACUAUAUCAUGAUCAAAUAAAGCAUUUUUCACUUGUGAGA